AUGGACCGUUUCGAUCGCCAAGUCAGGAUCUGGGGCCCGGACGCCCAGGCUCGGCUGCAAGGGUCGUCCGUGCUGGUGGUCGGCUCAUCCGGCCUGGCGGCCGAGGUCGUCCGACAGCUGCUUCUCUGCGGCAUUGGCCGGGUCGACUGGGCCGGUUCCCCCGGCGCCGAGGCUGGGGCGCACUUUUUCGCCGGCCCGGAUGACGAUCCGCUGGAGGCCCUCCGUGAACUGAGCCCCGACAGCACGUUGGCCCUUGUGACUGAGGCUGCCCUCCAGCUGCUGGACCUCGGCCCCUACGAUGCCAUCCUCCUGGACCAUGUUCCGCUGGACCGAGCAGCGGUGCGGGCGCUCGAGGCCUCGCCGGCGCCGGUGGUCCUGGCCACCACGGCCAGCAUGCACGGCCUGCUCCGGCUAUGUGGGCCAGACAUUGUCACCUUCGAGCCGCCAGCCAGCACGACGAGCCCGGCGCGCAUGCACCUUCGGCUAGAUGACCGGCCCCCGGCGGCGCUGCGCCUCUGGGCCGCGCGCCUGGCCCGGGGCUGGCCACAGCUUACGGCCUCCGAGCGUGCGGCGCUUCCUUUUCCGCUGGUCCUCGCGGUGGCCAUCCUCCAGGCCAGUGGUACUCCGCAGGGGGCUGCGGACGUGGAUGCCUGGCCGGAGCCGGGUCAAGGCCUCGAUCGACGGGCCCUGCGCUCGGCCCUUCGAGGGCUCUUCCCCUCGGGCGAGGGCUCCCCGCCGCGCUGCCUGGCCGAGGCCGAGGCGGCCCUGUCCUUCCAUGCCCUCGGCCGGCAGACCCGGCGCGAGGUCCAGGCCUUUGAGGCGCUCCUUGCUCGCCAGCCGCCAGGCGCGGAGGCCGGCCCGGCUGCCGACGUGUGGCUUUUUGCACGGGCCGUGGCGGCCUGCCUCGCGGCCGCCCCCUCGACCAUGCCGCUCGGCUUCGCCCCCUUCGAGGAUAUGGACUCCUCUGCGGAGCACUUCCGCGCCCUGGAAGACAUCUACCGCCGCCAGUCGGCCGCCGAUACGGAGCAGCUGCUGGGACACGUGGCCCGGCUGCCGGUCCCGGGCCCGGAGCACGCCGUGUCGGCCAUCCGCGCAGGCGCUGCGUCCUUGGCUCGGGACUUCCAGCAAUUGGCCUUCCGCCGGGUGUUCCUCAGCCAGGCCGGUGCCCUUUCGGAUGACUUUCCCCUGCUUGGCUCGAGCCCGGACGCUGUGAUGGCCGCCCUGGAUGCCGGCCUUCCCGGGCCGGCGGCUGUCGGCCGGUCGCCGGCCAUCCAGGAAGCCGCGCGCGCCGGCGCGUCGGACCCCCGACUCCGGGCCCUUCUCCUGUGGUAUGCCGCGGGCUUGGCUUGCCUGGCUGGCGGCGAGACCCGGCUCGAUGGCAUGUCGAUCUUUCGCCAGGACAGACGCCUGGCGGCUGCCCUCCGCCUUGUCACGAAUGUGGAACUGCGGGAGGUCCUUACGCAGGAGGACCUCCUUGGCCUGCGGGCUGCCCUGGCGGCGGACAUCCGAUGGCUAGCCAACUCCGGCGGCGCUGAAAUCCAUGUCACCGCGGCCAUGACCGCCGGGCUGGCCGUCCAGGAGCUCAUCAAGAUCCUCGGGCGCAAGGGCGUCCCCGCCACCGGGACGGUCUUCCUCAAUAGCCGGCACCCGUCGAUCCUGGCGACCCCGGCCACCGAGCACUAG